AGAGAAGUAAAAGACUUUUCUUGAUUACCUGCAUACUGAUAUUCUUGGAAUCUGAGCAAAUCAUUCGCUAUUGCAAGUUUAUUCGUUAAAAUCAAGGUGUGUCUGUUUUAAACACUGCACAGCUCACUAGGUUUGGUUGGAGCACCAUGAGUCUGACUGCUGAGAGACACUUCAUCCCACUCAGUGAUGGAAAUAAAAUGCCACUUAUAGGACUGGGGACCUACGGUGACCCACGGACAACUCCAAAAGGCACCUGUUAUGAAUCGGUUAAGCUGGCAAUUGAUGUUGGAUACCGACAUUUGGACGGGGCCCUGGUAUAUUUCAAUGAACACGAAGUUGGACAGGCUAUCCGAGACAAAAUUGCUGAAGGUGUUGUCAAAAGGGAAGACAUCUUUUACUGUGGCAAGCUUUGGAAUACCUUCCACCCCCCUGAGCUGGUCAGGCCUGCCUUAGAGAGGACUCUGAGGACUCUGCAGCUUGACUACGUUGAUCUCUACAUAAUUGAACUUCCUAUUGCCUUUAAGGUACAUCGACUUCCUUUUCAGAACAUUAUUUGCUCAACAUUGCCAACAUGCCAGCAGCCAUAUCACCCUUAUUUCCCAAAACAGGCUUUGGAAGCUUGCAAAGAUGCAGGAUUGACAAAGUCUAUUGGAGUCUCCAACUUCAACCGCAGGCAGCUGGAGAUGAUCUUGAACAAGCCAGGCCUGAAACACAAGCCUGUUUCAAACCAGGUUGAAUGUCACCCUUACUUCACUCAACCGAAGCUGCUAGAAUAUUGUCGACAGAAUGACAUCGUGAUUGUAGGCUACAGCCCAUUGGGAACAUCACGAGACGCAUCUUGGGUCAAUUUAACUUGCCCGCCUUUGUUAGAAGAUGAAGUCCUGGUUGCUAUCGGAAAGAAGUACAACAAGACAACUGCUCAGGUGGCCCUGCGCUUUAACGUUCAGCGGGGAGUUGUGGUCAUUCCAAAAAGCUUCAGCCCUCAGCGUAUCAAAGACAACUUCCAGAUCUUUGAUUUCUCUCUUACUGAAGAAGAAAUGAAAGCGAUCGAGGGACUAAACAAAAAUGUAAGAUUUGUGGAGCUUUUAAUGUGGAGUGAUCACCCAGAAUAUCCUUUCCAUGAUGAUUACUAGACGUGAGAGUUUCAUCCUGCAGAAAACAUAAUAAUUUCAGAAAAUACAACUUCAAUUGAAGUGGACUCCAAUAAAAACAAAACAAAUAUA